UUCACUCCCAGAAUCUUUUCCUUAUGAUUGUUUUGUUUCAAGCUCACUCUUUCUCUUGAAACCCAUCGCCGUCUUUCCAUCUUCCGUUCACACUUCCGGCACCGUCUAUUGGCUGGCAAACAUGAGUCAUAAACCGGAGGUUCUUUGGGCUCAGCGUUCUGAUAAGGUCUACCUAACCGUCGCCUUACCUGAUGCGAAGGACAUUUCAGUCAGAUGUGAGCCUCAGGGCCUAUUUAGUUUCUCUGCUAUUGGUGCUCAAGGCAAACACUUUGAAUUCAGCUUGGAGCUUUAUGGGAAGAUUGUGCCAGAAUAUAGAAAGAAUGUUGGGUUAAGGAACAUCAUAUUUUCAAUUCAGAAAGAAGAGAGAAGCUGGUGGCCACGAAUUCUGAAGUCAGAAGACAAACCUGCACCUUACAUUAAAGUCGACUGGAAUAAAUGGUGUGAUGAGGAUGAGGAGGUCAAUUCUGAUACAGCCUCCGAUGAUGAGAGUGCAUUUGUUGAUCAAGAUUGUGAUAGCAGCGAUGAUGAUGGAUUGCUUUAUCUUCCAGAUCUGGAAAAGGCAAGAAUCAACUAGCUAACCAUCAACAUUCAACAACCAACCAACUCUGUUUCGGAAGCUGAAGAAAAGGUAGAAGAUAAAGAAGUGAAGGAGAGUGGUUUAGGAUGAUCCGCUUUGUCUUGUACCUGACUAAACCGAACACCUAGUUCCUGCGGUUUACUUUUGGUAUAGGUUUCUUAGGGCAAUCAGCUUUAGUUGUCUAUGAUACAUGUGGUUUCUAGUUUCUGUGACUGAAUUCGGCGAAUUUUUUUUGUUUCUUUCUUUUUCUGUUGUUGGUAUGGUUGGUGCGCAGCAAACUGUAGGUUUGGUCCGGUAUGUGACUAGUAGUAAGUAAUGCAAGGAGUGAACUCUAAUACCAAUUAAUUAUUAUAUGUCUUUUUUAAA